CGCCGCGCUAUGGAACCGCCGGGUCCCGCCGGGGCGCCGGGGCGGCCCUGGGACGAGGCCAAGGCUUUCUACGAUAACCUCGCCCCCAAGAAGAAGCCCAAAUCGCCCAAACCCGAGAACGCCAUCACCAUCGCCGUGUCCUCGCGGGCGCUGUUCCGCAUGGAGGAGGAGCAGAAGAUCUACACGGAGCAGGGCGUGGAAGCCUACGUGAAAUAUCAGCUGGACCACGAGAACGAGCCCUUCCUCCCCGGGGCCGCCUUCCCCUUCGUCAAGGCUCUGGAGGCAGUGAACGCUCAGCUCCGGGAGCUCUACCCCGACAGCGAGGAGCUCUUCGACAUCGUCCUCAUGACCAACAACCACGCCCAGGUCGGGGUUCGCUUGAUCAACAGCAUCAACCACUACGGUCUGUUCAUCGAGAGGUUCUGCAUGACGGGAGGGAACAGCCCCAUCUGUUACCUCAAGGCUUAUCACACCAACCUCUACCUCUCCUCCGACGCCGAGAAAGUGAGUGGGGCCAUUGAAGAGGGGAUUGCUGCAGCCACCAUCUUCAGCCCCAGCAGGGACCUGGAGGUGUCGGAGGAGCAGCUGCGGGUGGCGUUCGACGGGGACGCCGUGCUCUUCUCGGACGAGUCGGAGCAGAUCGUGAAAGCUCACGGCCUGGACAUGUUCUUUGAGCAUGAGAAAGCUCACGAGAACAAGCCCCUGGCACAGGGCCCCCUGAAAGGCUUCCUGGAGGCGCUGGGCAAGCUGCAGAAGAAAUUCUACUGCAAGGGGCUGAGGCUGGAGUGCCCCAUCCGCACGUACCUGGUGACGGCGCGGAGCGCGGCCAGCUCGGGGGCGCGCGCCCUGAAAACCCUGCGCAGCUGGGGCCUGGAGACGGACGAGGCUCUGUUCCUGGCGGGGGCUCCCAAGGGGCCUCUGCUCAGGAAAAUCCGGCCCCACAUCUUCUUCGACGACCAGAUGUUCCACGUGGAGGGGGCGCAGCAGCUGGGCACCGUGGCCGCCCACGUCCCCUACGGGGUGGCCCAGAAACACAAACGGCCGGAGCAGGAGGAGCAGCAGAGCCCCAACAGCAAAUAGUGGGGAUGGGGGGGAUCCCCCAGCACCCCCUGAUCCUACAGGGAAUGCUUGUUCUGGGAAUGGGGGCUCAUCAUUCUCCACUCUGGGACUGGGGGAGAGGAGGAGAAGCAAAUAUUGGGGAUGGGGGAUCCCCAGCUCCCCCUGACCCUACAGGGAAUGCUUGUUCUGGGAAUGGGGGAUCCCCCAGCACCCCUGAUCCUACAGGGAAUGCUUGUUCUGGGAAUGGGGGAUCCCCCAGCACCCCCUGACCCUACAGGGAAUGCUUGUUCUGGGAAUGGGGGAUCCCCCAGCACCCCCUGACCCUACAGGGAAUGCUUGUUCUGGGAAUGGGGGAUCCCCCAGCACCCCCUGACCCUACAGGGAAUGCUUGUUCUGGGAAUGGGGGAUCCCCCAGCACCCCCUGACCCUACAGGGAAUGCUUGUUCUGGGAAUGGGGGAUCCCCCAGCACCCCCUGACCCUACAGGGAAUGCUUGUUCUGGGAAUGGGGGAUCCCCCAGCACCCCCUGACCCUACAGGGAAUGCUUGUUCUGGGAAUGGGGGAUCCCCCAGCACCCCCUGACCCUACAGGGAAUGCUUGUU